AUGAGUCCGCGUGAAGCUGUCAUGCCCGCAUGUACUUUGGUUGCACUGCUCUUCUCUUCGUCUCUGUUCCAGCUGUCGCGCGGCGGAGUCCAGCAGGCAGGAAUUCCUGCAACGGCGCGGUUUUUGAAAGCAGAUGUUCCCUUUGGCGACCUCGGGGACUCGAUCAGCCAGGGUCAACGGCAAGGUUUUGCGGUGAAUCCGGACAGCUUGACGCAGGUCCAGCUGAACGUUUUUCCAAUCCCGCCCAGCUCGACACUGCAAACCGACGGCGUCGAGGUUGUGGAUAUCGCUGAUUUUCUAAAGGAAAAUGGCGUUCGCCCAGAAAGUGCCUCCGUGGCCAAGCAUGAGACCCGCAUGGCGGUAGGCCAAGCAAUGCUCAGCUUCCUCGAGACAAGGUUCGGCAGAGAAAUCAUCCACCUCGCCGACACCUCGCGCGUCUCUGGUGGAGCCGUCUACGGCGAAGCCACCGUGCGAGACACCGGGAGCUCCACGUUGCGUAAUGCGCACCAUGUGGUUCACGUGGAUAAGCUGUGGAGUGGUAUCGCCCGGCUUACGGAGACCUCGACAAUGGAGGAAGCGAUCAGGGCAACGGUCCAUGCGCACUGGCCCUUCUCACAGCAAGACUUCGUGGAAAGGGGCUACGGCUUUGAGGACUAUGUGAGGAUUGUGCAUGCACAAGAUCCAGGUGUCGUGAACCUGUGGGUCUCGUUGACUCCAGGUAUCCUCAAGCAGCAUCCCUGUGUCUUUCUGCUAAACGGCAAGAACGGUCAGAAUGCCUCGUCACCUCCCGAUGUAAGCAUGGUAACCACAAUGCACACCCACAUCAAGAACUUCAACGAUACGAUUACCGUGCUGCGAUCGAGCGUGGCGGACUCCGAAGAUGCCUUGUGGGGCAUGGCACCGAACAUGAGCUUCGGACAGGCGCUGUUGUGGUACUCAGAUCGAACUCCUCAUGGCGCAGUGUGGCUAAACGACGAACCCGACGUUGAACGCAUCUCAGCAGAGAUACGAGUGCUCGUCACGGAUCGGCCGCCUGCUGGAGGCGUGGACUCUACUCCAGAGCAUGUGACGACAGGAGCGAUGGAGACGGUGGGGUACCUAUGA